AUGAUUCGUCGUGCUAGCAGCCCUAUGCAGUUCGUCUUAGAACAUGCCAUGUCGUGCUAUACCACGGUGUAUGAUGUAUCCGGUUGGGUGAAGCAGGCUCGACCUUGCGAAAGUGGAGCCUCAGUUCGACCACUACUGCUGUCAAGCAAAAGGUAA